AUGGAGUGGCUGCUAGAGGGCCUGCUUGAAGCUGAGGGCAACACGGGACUUCUCUGGGGCCAGCUGACCUAUGCCCUGACCUGCAGACACUGUGGAAGUGUCUGCCUCCAGAGUCCAGGGAAUCUGGUGAUACUAUUCUUGUUCGUGGUUUGGCAGAUCCGGAGGUGGUGGCAGUUUGGGAGAUGGCGACAGCUUCAGCUCUGGUACUCUGGGAACAUGAUGCAAGGCAAGGGCCUACCACUUCUGUACCGUAUGGCUUUCCUUGAUCGCCUGUGGAAGCAGAAGUCAGAGGAGGAGGAGGAAGAGGAAGAAGAAGAGGAGGAAGUGGAGGCAUCUCUGGAUCCACUGAAGCCAUGUUCUCUUCCCAAAGAAGCUCCUAUUGGAGAACAAGCCACCACAGCCCCAUUCCAGCCAUCCUGUGGUUCUGAGGGCCUCCACAAGGCCAUAGGGACAGCAGAGCAAGUACUCAGGCAGACCCCAAGCCCUUCCAGAUCCUUCCCUACCUUUCAGAUCCUGACCAACCUGCCUGUGAGGCACAAGACAGCAUCAGGCAGUCAUCUACAGCAGAGAAAAAGCCAGGUCUUCUGGGGUCUCCCCUCUCUGCACAGUGAGUCCUUAGAGGCCAUCUUCCUGAGCUCAGGUGGCCCCUCUCCCCUGAAGUUGUCUGUUGGUCCUUCUGUCUUCUUCAACAAACUUGCCUUCCUGCCUAGGUCCAACGUGUUACUUGCCCAGUAUUGCUCCCCAACCCAGCUUCCUACCCAAGAAGUCCAUACUAUGAAAGAUCUGGAAGGGAUGGCCCCCCAUCCUCAGCAACUUCCCCCUCCAACUUCCCCUCCUGUCCCAUCACUAUCCCUCCAUCUUAAGUCCUUUCCCACGGACCACAAGGGAGUCCUAUCUGGCACUGAGGCACAUACACAGAAGCUUACGCAGCAGAGAGAGGUCCCUUGGGUCUCUGAGGAUCAAGCCCUGUAUCCACAGCCUGACCUCCAAAGAACCAGACCCUCCAAGUUCUUCCCCUCAUCUGAGGUCUGGUGGGAGGUGCCAUGGGAUCUCAGCCUCCAACAACACAUUCUAGAUUCACUCUCUGCCUCUCUGCUGUAUCCCUCUAGCCUUCUGGGAGUCCUCACUAGGUUUGAGGCUCCAUGGAGGACCAUGGGGCAAAAUGAGGACCCCAAAGCCUCUGAGCCAGCAAUACCAGCUCCCAGCCCAAUAGCAGCCUCCCUGGCAGAACUCCAGGGAGCCAGCCCUAUAGGAGGCCUCUCUGGAUCUAAGGCCCUCUGGGAAACCAGGAGGCAAAGAAAGAAUCCUCAGAUCUCUGAGCCUCCAAUCCCGGUCCCUUGCCAAUCUGUAGCCCCCAUGACAGAGCCUCAAGGUUAUGAGACUCAGUGGGGAACCACAGAAUAUAAAGAGAGUCCUCAAGCCUUUCAGCCCCCGAUGACAGCCCCCUGCCAACCCCCAGAUUCCCUGUCAGAUCCCCAGACAGUCAGCCCUGAAGGAGGACCUUCUGCACAUAAGGAUUUCUGGGGAACCAUGGGGCACAGAGAGAACCCUCAGGCCUCUGGGUCUACAAUGCCAGCCCUCUGCCUUCCCUCAGGCCCCCUGCCAGAACUCCAAGGAGGCAGUCUGCUGGGAGAUCCAUCUGGAUACAAGCUCCAGUGGGAAUGCAGAGAAAAUUCAGAAAACCCUUGGGUCUUUGUUCCCCUAGUCUUGGACCUCAACCCAGGGCUCUAUGGAACCAACCCUGCAUGUGUCCCAACAGGAUCUGAAACUCCACAGAAGGGCAUGCAGAGUAGAGAAAAUCUUUGGGUCUCUGCAGGUCCAGUUUCAUCUUCCAGGCUUCCCUUGGCCUCUCUGUUGGAGUCCCUGGAAAUGGGCCCCCAGGGAGUCUUGUCUGAGUCCAAAGCUUUGUCCGAGACCAUGGGACAGAGAGAGAACCUCUGGACCUCUGAGUCCCAAGUCCCUGCCCACAGCCCAACUCUAGCUCCCAUUCUAGAAUCCCACAGAAUCAUUCCUGUGGGAGGCCUCACUAGAUCAGAAGCUGCAUGCAGGGACACUGAGCAUUCCAGGAAUUCCUGGGCUUCUGAGCCCUCAUCUCUGGCCCUCCGCCCACCCCCAGCUCUUGUACUGGAGCCUCUCGGAGUUAACCCCAUGGGGGUCCUGUUUGAUUCUGAGGCUAGAUGCGGGGACAUACAAAGGAGAAAGAACUCCUGGGUCUCUGAGCUCCCAGCUUGCAGCUUACCCCAAGACCUACAUGGAGCCAGUCCCUUGGGAGUCCUGUCUGACUCUGAGCCUGUUGGGAGGGAUACGGAGCAGAAAGAAAUCUGUUGUGUUCCUGUAUCCCCAUUACGGGGCCCCAGCCCACCCCCAAACUCUGUGUCCAAGUCUCACAUAAGUGAGCCUUUUGGAGACCAAUGCAACUGUAAGCCAGAGGAGGAAGCAGUGGAGCAGAGAGAGAACUGCUGGGCCACUGAGCUCCCAGCCCCAGCCCCCAGCUCACUCUCUCCUGCUCUACCAGAUCCACACAUUGACUUGGACUUUAUGUGGAGCAAUGUGCAACAAACAGGCAUCCCCCAAGGCCCCAGCCCUCCAGCAGUGGCUCCCCUGCAGCCCAUACUCCGGCCUCUUACCCUAGCUGAAGCUCUGAAGAUUGAGCCCAACCAGCCUGGCCUACCUAAGAGAGAGCUGUUAGGGGCUAAGGCAGAGACUCCAUCCUCCCAGGGAGAGGCUGUCCCAGAGGUGCCCACCCUCUCUGGGAUCCAGGCCUGGCACUGGAAUAAAGAGAUGGAACACCAGCUGAAGAAACUGCAACAGAGCCCUGCUUCCAGAUCCCCUGACCCAAGUCAAUCAUUUGACAGCUCCUAUGCCUUAAGCUCCACAACUUUAGGCACCCGAAGACUCUCUUCCUGCCCUCCACAGGAAGACAGGAAUCCUCCCAAGCUGUGCCCUCACUCUACAAGCUGUCAUCCCCCCAAAGUUCAGAGCACAGUAACUCACCCUGUCCAGGUCUCCCACUGUUAUCAUUCCCAUUCCUCUUCCCAUCUUCAGCCACAAAGAUCUGGCAGGGUAGAACAAGGAUCUGAGAGAGAGAAAAGAAUGAAGGCGAAGAUGGUGGCCCGGGUCUCAUCCCAGGGGCCACGUGUUCAUAUGGAGACUGGUGAGAACUGCCCAGGCCUGGGAGAGCCCUCAAACCCUGAGGUUCCAGCCUCAGGCAAGAGACAGGACAAGGCUUCAGCCCCAUCUUCAGCCAAAAACAGAAAGAGCCCUAGGAAACCCAAAGCAGGAGACCACAGAGGAGGGGAUGCAAGAUUGGGGUCAUCUACAGUUACAGGGGAGAGCCACCCAGCCCAGGACAGACUAGCAGAGGCUUCUAUAAGCACCCUUUCCCAAAGAUCUCAGCACAGGGACCACAGCUCUCGACACACUGCUUUCCCCCAGCAGUCUCACUCCAAGGCUAUGGGUCCCAAAGGUCAGCAAGAGGCAGGGCUGGGAGCUGGUGACAUCCUGAACCCUCAGCAUUGUAAGCACUGCACUUGGGCCCACAAACAGAAGCAUCUCUCCUCCCCUACACCUCAGGCUCCCCUUACUAGGGGUCUACAAAGGGUGUUAGCCAAGUUUCUGGGUCUCCGUGGACCUCUGCCCAUCAAAUCCAGUCAGCAGAAGAAAAUCUGGUAA